UAUUUUUAUUUCAUUCCUAUAUUUAUGUUUAUUUUAAAUUAAUUUCAAUUUAUUUCUAAUUGCAAAUUUAAUAUCAGUUUUCAAGUUAAGCAUAACAUAUAGUGGCUAUAUAAUACUCUUUUUUUCCCAUAAAGUUUUUUUAUUAAGUUCUAUACAUAUUUCAUUUUCAUAGUAUCACAUUUUCAAGUCAUAUGAAACUACUACUAGAUAUUAGUACUAGGAAAUUUAAUAUAUUUGGUCUUAAUUAGUAUAAAUGCUAUAAUAAAUACAAUGGUGUGUGCUUUUUGCAACCACUACAUUUACCAUUGACUCCAUUUUACUGGCUGGGCACGUUACAAGUGAGUGCGGGAAUAAUAAUCUCCGUGACAUUCUCGAUUCGAUCGACGAGAAACUGUACACGUCAUAAGCUCGAAUUACAGUUUCCCUUCUGACGACGUAAUUUGAACUUUCAUACCUGAACGAGUUUCGUCACUGUCUUUAUAAGUAUGUCUAUGGACUUCCAAAGCUAUAAUUUCGUGUCCGUUACCGUCUGAUCAUUUCGGCCCUUUCCAGUGUGUAAUUUCUUCACAACAUUUCUAAUUAUAAUUUUAUUUUAGGACUGUCAUUAUGAUGAAAUUGAUAUUUCACCAAAAUUGUCGUUAUAAAGAGUAAGAAGGAAAAAUUCUGUUGUUAUAAGUAUCCUUGACGAAUUUUUAAUAAGUAGAACAGAUAAGUAUGUCAGAAUUAAUUCCACGAUUAUUAUAUAGAUAGGUGCAUAGUUGUACAUAACCACUUCCGUUUGAUAAAAAUGUUUGAAAAAAACAUGCACCGACACUGUGCAUGUACCGAAAGUCGACGCUCGUUCGCAGUGUGGAUGUCCUCAUCUCCGGCGUACAUGGCGAAUUUACUCUUUUCCCAUCCAGCUUUCACCUGCACCAAGUGCUCUUACAUUAUAUAAGUUUGAUUAUUACUUUUUCUCACGAAAUCGAUAUAUUGUUCUUUGUUUUUUUUAUAAUAAUUUUUUUUCAAUACUUAUUCAAGGCUAUUUGCUAUAGAUUGCGAUCCUUUACCCAAUAAGAGUUCGGCUGAUUGUAAUGGUUUUACAUACGUUAAAUAGACUGCGUCUAGAAUAAUGUAUAUACGAUAAAUAUGCUACUAGAAAUCAAGGUAAAUAUGUAUUUGUCAAAAAUACAUUGAACAAGUGAUACAACUAUGUAUCAUUGUACAUAUCUCUUCCCUUGUUACAUUUUCACAUCCUUGGUGUAGUGAAUAUCUUGAUAAAAAAUAUUUGAUACAUAAUAGAUAUAUUUUCGCCUGUUAAAUGUUCACAUCCUUGGUAUAACAAAUAUUUUAUUAAAAAAUCAACAUUUAUCAAUUAAAUAUUUAACAUAUAAUAAACAUUCUUCCUUUUUUUUAGUUACAAACUUCUAUGUUCUUUGCAUACAUUCAUUUAUCAAUACUGACUGAUUGUAUCGAUACACCUAAAUCAUGAAACCCUGGAUCGAUACACAAUCUUGUCCAUAUAAAUACAGCUAAUGAUCGUCACUGUCAAUUGUCAAUCUUCACUUUUUGUAUAUUAAAUAUAAAUGAAAUACUGCAGUCACUGUGUCAUCGAUAAAAUCAAGAUUUAUUUAAUCUUCGUGCUAAUCAAUUGUGUACACGUUACAAAUAACGCGGGAGUCAGCUGCAUAGUGGUUUAUUCAAACAAUUACAACACGUUCCCCUUGUACAAAUUGUUGUCUCGAAAAAAAUGUGAAACUUCGAAAUCUUCGUCGAGAAAUGUCUGAAAGUUUAUCGAUUAUACUUACGAGGAAGAUCACUCACAUAAUCGUUCUUAAAAUAAUAUAUAUAUGCACAGAAAUAGAUUGCAUGAAGUAAAUAUUGAAUAAAACAAUAGCAAAGGCAUGAUAUGUUUCUGUCAUUAGUAAUGGCAACGAUAUUUCGCCUUGUAGUUCUUGUGUUUAUUAUUAAAGUUAAUCAGUAUUAUCUCUAAUUUCUAUAUUUUCUUUUCGCUUCACAUAAAAAAAACUUAAUCGUAAUUGAUGACUCAUUCUCUAUUAGAGUUAAAAUGCAAUCAAUUAAAGGAGUUGCAAUCGGCCAAACAAUGCAAUUGAAAGUCGAAAAGAAACUUCCUGCUAAUUACACCUAAAUACCUAGUUAAAUGAACUUACUACAACUCCUCUAUUUAUAGCAUUUGAUGAAAUGUUUUCGUAAUUAUAAAAUCUCUUGAAUAUAAAUUAAUCAGUCACACAACAAUCAACAUGGAAAUAAUAACAGAAAUUCUUCGUGAUUAUUCCUACCUAUCUUUUUUUCUCCUUCGAAUAAGUCUUCGAUGAUAAGCUCGUGAUAGAACAGCUAACAUAAUUACGAUGCCUCGAUUGAUAAACCCAUUGAGUAUAUACAACCAUUGUCCUUAAACAUUUCUCUUCUGACAAGCGUCACAUGUGGUUUCAUUAAAACCGCGUCGAGCUUCACGUCGAGUUUAAUAUACAACACGAUAAUAGUUAUCGUUAUUCUUGCACUGGCUUCACUCCCAACGAUACCUCCGAUAAAUUAGAACCUAUUCAAUGCUAUCAGCAACUUUUUGAUCACCUUUCCGGGUAAGUACACAAAUCUCCAAGUUUUCUCUAUUACCGUUGUUGAUGUAUGUUGAUGUUGUUGUAUACCGAUAGGAUCGAUAAUCCUAUAAUUCUGUCAAAAUUUCAUUAAAAUGUAGAAAAGAAAUUCGUAUAAGGAGAAACUUACAUUGUAAGAUAUUUCUCACAACAGCCUGUUUGAACAAAGCAUUCUUCAUUCUCGGCAUUGAUGAUUAAGCGAUCACAAUGUGCAUGCGACGUUGCUAGCUCCGGAUGACAAUCAUUUGUUGACGACUAUUUGAAUCAUAGAAGAACAGAAUUUUAGUUCCAGUACUGUAAUAGAACACUUUGUCACGUUUAUAUUCUCCUUGAUAAAGUUUCCAAUUUUGACCCAGUAACGAAAUAACACUAAUUUGGUUCAAUAACUGAUAAUAUUAAGAAUAAAAGACAAGAUAUAGUGAUAAAUGUGUAAUUGAUCCUCAGAUAUCUAUUGGAUUUAAGAAAUAAACGUUAUUUAUGUAUCGAUGAGUUAUCUCGGACCAAAGAUUGAAAAUAACAAAGGCAUUGUGUGUUCGAGCGAAGAAAGAAGAGAAAGGUGGAAUUAAUGUAAAAAAGAAGGUAUGGAUGAAAAAGAGAAAGAAAAUAAAUUGGAGGUGGUGGAAGAAGUGGUAGUGAAAGAUGUUAUCUCCAUCGACACGACGGACAAAAAGUCUCAAGCAUACAAACAAUCAAAUACAUAUGCCGCGAAAAAGACUGUAGCACAAGGUAUGAUGGAUGUUGCCCUAAUCACCGCCAAUGCAAAUCAAUUAAGAUACCUGAUUGAAUAUCAGCGAGAGAGCCCCACUUUUUUUCUGAUUCUGAGUUUAAUCAUUAUCAGUCUCCUUCUCCAGGUGGCCGUAGGCGUCAGUUUGAUUUUCAAAGGUCGAUUUGACAUAAAAGGACAAUCGAAAUCACGACAGGCACGAAAAAUUAAUAAUUACGUGGUAGUUGGAGUUUUUCUAAUAACUAUCAUCAACGUAUUUAUUGCCGCGUUUAGUAUAUCUGUUCCUGUUCCUACCACAUUACCGCUGUUAAGAAAUGAUAAUUAACAGUAAUGUAAUGUAAAGAAGUAUUUUAUAUUGAUCUUUGUGAAAACAGAUAGCUCUCUCUUAUUCUUUUAUCUUUGUAUAUGAAUAACUGAUAAUAAGAUAUCUGAAAUUGAUGUAUCAAAUGUAUUAAUUUAUAAUAUUAUUGUUAGAGAUAAAUUUCUUCUAUAUUCGAAUGUUCUAUCCUCUAUUAAAAUAUACUUUCUGUUUCUAUUUAAAUAUAUUAUGUAAUCAUGUUAUAAAUAAGUAAUUGAUAAAUAAAUAAUUUGAUAUUUUUUUAAAAAGAAAGAAUCAGAUGUUAUCUUUUACUUCAUGAUGCAUGAUUGUCUAUUUUAGUAGGUAAGAGCUGUGGAUUGCGUUAACGUUUAUGUUAAAAGUAUCUAGUUAACAAGUGAUGCAACGUGCAAAUUUUCAGGAAAUUACUUUAUCUAACAGUCUUUUGCUUCAACAUCUUUCGUAAACGACUAAGUUAUUAACGAAUAAGUUACAACAUUCUACGUCUAUUCCUUUCUCUUUCGUGUCUAUUGAUAUAUUUGUAUUUAAACAUUUAUCGAUAAAGUCAACAAUUUCAGUUACAUAAAUGGCAUGAUACAUAUCUUUUUUUUAGAAAUUACAAUUUUACGAAGAAGCUACUUUCUUCUAAGAUUUGGAAAGUUGGUCUUUUAUUAGUUUAAUGCAAUCAAUUCGGAUAUAAUUUUAGUCCCAUAUCAAAGGUAUUUCUUUCUUUCUUUUUUUACAAAAUAUUUGCUUCUAUACAAAAUCAUCAUUUAAUAUUUUUCAAAAUUUUGAUAUGUUUUCUUGUAUAUUUGAAUACAGUUAUAACAUUCGAAUCUCACAAACGAAGUAAUUAAUAAUGGGUAAUUAUCGUUACAAAUUUAACGAAAAAAUUUGAAUAUUUACUUCCGGUUCUUUUUUAAUCGCAAAUUCCACACGCAUAUUUUAUUUAUCUCAUCAUAUUCAUAGCAAAAAUAUUUAGU